AUGACACCAGAAUUCAUAUUUCCGUUUCCGGCCACGUUAGGAUAAGAGGUUGGGAAGGAAAAUUCUGAAAUUAGGAUAUUUCCCAUGUGUUAACUUGACAUUGGUGUCUUUUAAUACCAAAGGACAGUUAAAUGUACAUCUGACCUUUCGCCAAUAUGGAUUACUGGCCAGUAUGGAUCAUAUUAACAGUGCUAUUAAUCUAUGUGUAUGUGUCGGGUGGAGUGGAAUUAACUUUCGAAUUGCCCGAUAAUGCUAAAGAAUGCUUCUAUCAAGAAAUCCAAGAGAACGUAUCAGUAACGUUAGAAUUUCAGGUUGUUACAGGCGGCCAGUACGAUGUAGAUGUUUCUUUGGAGGCACCAAACAAGGAAAUUAUUUACAGAAAUACCAAAGCCCAGUUUGAUAGCCACAAUUUCGUUUCAAACAUGCCUGGCAUAUAUGUAGUAUGCUUCAGCAAUGAAUUCUCAACUUUCUCACACAAACUUGUUUACAUGGAUUUCCAAGUGGGUGAUGAACAACCAUUGCCUGGGUUAGAACAACAUGUCACUGUCCUGACUCAGAUGGAGUCCUCAGCUCAAGAGAUACACAAGAGUUUGAAUAGUAUAAUCGACUACCAGACGCAUCACCGGCUGCGUGAGGCACAAGGGCGUAAACGUGCUGAAGAUCUUAAUGAACGUGUCAUGUGGUGGUCAAUACUAGAAACAUUAGCAGUUCUAAUUAUUACUGUUUCACAAGUUCUUGUGUUAAAAAACUUCUUCGCAGAAAAGAAACCAUCCCAGAUGAACUCAAAAUAGAGUAUAUAUAUACUGUAUUUAUAAAUUCUUGCUGAAAUUUAAAGUGUGCUUUUGAUUGAUUGGUGUAUUUUGGAUAUGUGAACGUUGUGUGAGAAGUUUAAAAUUCAGAAUGCAGAUGGGCUCCAGAACUUGGAUUUGGUCUUUGUCUGGAGGCAUCCAUGUGGUUCGCGUCUUCUGUUGUGUGUAUUGAUUGAUUGAUUGUUGAUUCAGUAACAUUUGAAGUUAGCUUUGUACUUGAAAUUGGUUUACUUUUCGUAUGUCUAUACUUUUUUGAAUCCUAAGUUCUACAGUUGUGAGGAACAUCACCGACACAAGUAUCUUACAUGAUGCUUGAUUUCUUAUAACAGGAGUUCAAGCAAAUGUAGAACUUGGUCUUGCACGCUUCUGAUUGUACUUUUGGGAGAAUUAGGUCCCCAUUUGUUAAUAACAAUACUGUGUGCAACAAUUUAAACAUUUGUAAUUUGUCUCUUAUUUAUGUUUAAAAGUGCAAAUGUUGGACUUAAGUUCUGGAUUCUUGUAAGUGUGGCUCAUUUCUCUAUUCUAUAAAUGAUGUGCAUCAUUAGAU